AGUAUAAAGAUCCACAAGAUCUGUUCUUCUUUUGAAGAAUGUGAUUGUGAAAUUGACAGUUCAUGCCCUUUAAGAUAAUAUCUUCGUUUUUAAACGCUCGAGAUACCGUCCCUGUUUCCUGGUACUUUAAACUAUCGGUGCACAUUUCGUUACUACAAUUGAAAAUCGAACAACGCGACAACUUUUAAAACAUCACUUGAAAGAGUCAAUAAAAAUGGAUACAAACUUUGUAUAUUCUUGUUCACCUUGUCGAGAGGACGGUAACAAUACAAAAGCGAUGUGCCGCUGCAUGAAUUGUCAUGAAAACUUCUGCAGGAGCUGUAUUCAACUACAUAAUAAGAUAUUUAAAUCACAUACUUUGGUAGAGAAAUGGGACACGCAGACCGGAAGUGCAGACAGUAAGGAAGGAGCGUUACCAGAAGUCACGUGCGAGCAACAUCCGCUUGAGCUGUUGAAAAUGUUUUGUGAGAAUCACGACAUGGUGUGCUGUACUGUUUGUAUUGCACUGGACCACAGAUUAUGCGACAAAGUACAUUAUAUUCCUAAUAUUGCAAAGGAAAUCAAUUUUACUAAAACAAAAGAUGAAACACUUCAAUUUAUGAGUGAAACAGAAAAAUUACUAGCAAAUCUUUUAUGUCAAAAGCAAGAAGAUAUGCAACAUAUUAGCGAGCAAAGGCACACUAUAGAUAAGAAAGUAGAAGAUAUUACCAAUCGGCUCAUUGCUCGUAUUAAAGAACUGCAGAAAGAGGUAUUGACAAAUUUGGAAACCAAAUACGAAAAAAUCAUGCAAGACCUUAAACAUGACACCACGUCUUUGAACGCAAGUUUGGAUAACCUAAAAGUACGUAAAAACAAAAUUGAGAAUUCUGACUGUAUGACCAAGUCACAAAUAUUCUUGCAGAUGAAAGCUGGGAAAAGCGGAUCAGUGAAAGCUAGAAAACAAUAUGAUAACAUGAAAGAAAUCGGGACUGACUCUUUAGACUUUGAAGUAAAUUCCGAUAUUGAAUCUUACUUGAAAGGAGUUGAAAGUAUUGGUUACAUUAAUAAUCAAACAAAAAGUGAAGCAUCACUGAUUGGUGAAUUUGAUAUCAGGUUGCCAUCUGAGUCGCAAAUUCAGAAUAUCUACGGUGUUUGUUUGCUGGACAACAAUGAAAUAGUUCUUGCAGAUAACAGUAACUUGAAACUGAAACGAAUUGAUACCGAAUUCCAGGUUUUAGACACGUUAGAGCUGGGUGCUACACCGUAUGGCAUAUGUAAAACCGGGCAUUCGGAAGUAGCCUUGACUUUACCAUGGCUUCACAAAAUUCAAUUUGUUUCCAUCGGCAGGAAAAUGGUUGUGAAUUGGGCAUUCAAAAUUGAUGGAAUUUGUCGUGGUAUAUGCUGUCAUGGCGGCUAUCUUUACAUUUGUUGUAGCGGAAGCGGAAGUAACGAUCCCGGUCACGUGAUUGUGUCAGACAUGGCAGGAUGUCUGUUAAGAACAUUCAAGACGAAUAAAGAUGGCAAAAGUCUGUUCACGAGCCCACAGAAUUUAUGUUUCAAUGAGCAUGAUUCAUACAUACAAGUUGCUGACAAAGACAAAGGUGUUGUAACAGUGGACCAAAACGGUAGAUUCGUGUCGGCGACUUCCGGUUCAAAACUUAGGGACGCCAUUGAUGUAUGCGUAGGUGACGGUGCAAAAAUAUUUCUGUGUGGAUUCAACUCGAACAAUGUUAUACAGGUAGACAGAUACGGCAAAGUUGUACACGAAAUUUUGAAUAAAAAUGACCUUACGGCCCGACCUUUAUCGGUUUCCUUUUUGAGGAAGCCGCCUCGACUUUUGAUUACAAGUGAAGGUUCGAGCGUGGUGAAAGUUUUCAAACUUGAUUAAAAUUGCGGGCAUUAGUCUAGAAUUAAGUAUAAUUAAAGCUCAAACCGACUCAAAAGAAUAUUUUCAAACAAAAAAAAAAUAUAUAAAUACAUAUAUGCAUCUACUUUUGUAAUCUUCAUCUAUGUCGACCUAUUUUUACCCAAAUAUGACAAUAAUGCUUCAAAUACACAUUAUAACAAAACAGUGAUGUAAACGCAAUGUAUAUAAUAAAGUACACAAUGCACCCAUCCUUUAAAUUUCAAU